UAUUCUAUACGUGAAGCUACGUGGUAGUGGUAGUUCACAGUUCACAGCUGUUUCUUAUUGGGAUUCAGGAUUAACCUGACAUACCUAUAGUUACAAAUGGAUAACACAUCGCCCAUUUGUAUACAAACACUUGCAAAGAAUAUAACUUGCUACUUAAGUGAUAAUUAUUGUAAGAAUACUUCAGUUGUUAAAAUAAAUAACGAAAAUCUAGCCAUAAAUGGUGAAUUAUAUUUCCUGCUUAGCCUUAAAGCAUGGGAAAGCUCGUUAAAAAACACAGAUAAAUGCGCUGAGAAGUGUGCAACAAUUUUGCAACAUUUUUUCCACAAACAUGUUGGUGACAUAAACGACAAAACUGAUAAAUAUGUCUCAGUUAAGGUUCUGCAAUUGCUAAUAUCGUAUAGUAGCAAUUGGCCAAUAAAAAUAGAGAAGUAUCUCUUAAAAGGAGAAAGAGUAUGCUUAUUUUUGCAACGUGCUCCUCUUAUAGAACAAUCAAUCAAGGAAGCUGUAUCAUCUAAAUGUGACUUUGGGAGGACUUCUCCAGUAAACAAAGUUUAUAGUUUAAAAUCAAUCGAGGAUAAAGAAUCAGAAUUGACAAGUAAAAGAUUACAAUUGAUACAAAGUGUUACCGAAAGAGUUCUAAAUCUACAUGGUUGCAAAAUAUCCGACGAGCAUGCUGAUUACAAAUUUAUAUUCACGUCUAAAUCCCAAGGAAAUGUAGAAGAUAAUUAUGUGAAAUGUAUAUGUGGCGUUGUGAAAACUGUAGAAACAAAUUGUAAAGAGACACAGAUAACAUGGCAGGACUAUGUUCAGAACAAAAUCAAAGAGUUGAAGGCAUUAAAUGAACACAAGUAUUUUGAAGGGCAAGAGUGUAAUCUAAAUACAGAAGAGUAUUUCCUUAAAAAUCUUGCGAAUGCAGCAGUUACGUUUGAAUUACUGUCUGUGAAACCAAGCCAUCCUGUUUUUAUUGGAUGUGGCAAUUUUGCGACUGACAAAGCUACUACAAAUACAAAAGGUUCUUGUAAUAAUUUUACUAGAGAAUCAAAAGAAAUAAAUAUCUCAUAUUAUUUUAGUUUUCUAGGUGCAUCAUUCAUAUUGUAUAAUGCAGCGAGAAUAUCAGCUAUUAUUGAAAAAUAUAAUGAUAAAGUAUCAAGAGGAGAAUAUCCUAAUUUGCCACACAUCAAUAAUAUAGAUUUUUCUCUAUUGAACCAAGAGGACGAGUGGGAAAUUGUCUAUAAUUUUAUUAUUAGGUAUCAAUUAAUGAUAAAGGACUGUUUGAGAUAUGAACCCUUUCAAACAUGUCCACAAGCCAUAUGCAUAUUUCUUAUAAGACUAUGCUCAAAAUUCAGUAUCUAUUACCGUAAGACUAGGAUUUUAAUUGAAGCAUAUGAUCAUUUGAUUCCAACAAUGACUGCAAGACUGUACAUGUUACAUGCAUUGCAAGUUGUACUUCGAAAUGCACUUGCAAUACUUGAUAUUCACCCUGUGUCAAGAAUGUAAUACAGUUUUAUGCAUUUUUAUGCAAGGACUUCAAGGAAACCAUUCAUCAAUUGUGAACAGAAGAGAAAAAAAUAAAUUUAUGAGAUUCAUCAAACAAUAGCUCAAUUUAUAUUUUGUACCUGUUUAAUCAGUAACUUAUUAAAAAAUAAAACUGUUUAUAAAGACAAAGUAAGAAAAGUAACCUUGUCCAUUUCCAUUGUUUAACCUAAGUUUAUA